ACGCGUUUCCGCUUCGCUCACCUCACUCCCCACUCGCCAAUUCUUGGCCUGAUCUCUGCGAGGGGCAGGACCGAGGCAGGGAGUCCCCGAGAGCUCCGCUGGCGCCCCUGGGCACCCACUGGCUGUAGGGGGUGGGGGUCAGCAGGUCCUGCGUCCCUUUUGCUGGGGUCUUUCAAUGGGGGUUCCGAGACUUGGGAACGCUGGGAACGGGGAGGAGAUGCGGCUCCAGGACCUCCUCGUCCCGGAGGCAGGUGGGGUGCUGGAUGCCUUCGCUGCUGAUUUUGCGUUGAGGUCGCUUCUCUGCCUCUGUGUCCCGUGGGGUCUCGUCACUAUGCACAGAUCUCAGUUACGCUAGUCUCCUCUUUAUCCGCAGUUUUGCUUUUACGCUUUCAUUUACCUGAGGUCUUCCAUCUGAAGAAUAUUAAAUGCAAAUUCCAGAAAUAGGCAAUGCAUGCUUUAAGUUGUUUGAAGUUCCGACUACAGUAGACUGAUGAAACCUCCCCUGGCCUGCGCCCUCCUGCCUGGGGCGUAAAUCACCCCUUUGUCCCGGCUGUACAUGCUACCAGCUGGUUAGUAAUUUAGUAACUGCCUUGGUUAUCAGAUCCACUGUCAGGUAUCGAAGUUCAAGCGACGCUUAUUUGACUUGAUAAUGGCCCCACAGUGCAAGAGUAGUGGUGCUGGCGAUGCAAGCAUGCCGAGUAGCCAUAAAGUGCUUCCUUUAUGGGAGAAGGCGAGAGUUCUCGACUUAAUAAGGAAAGAGAAAAAACCGUAUGCUGAGGUUGCUAAGAUCUGUGGUAAGAAUGAAUCUUCUAUCUGUGAAAUUGUGAAGAAGGAAAAAGAGAUCCGUGCUAGCUUUGCCGUCACUUCAAAUUGCCAAAGUUACGCAGCCUCUGUGUAGUAAGGGAUAAGUGCUUGGUUAAGAUGAAAAAGGCGUUACAUUUGUGGGUCGAAGACAGGAACAGAAAAUGUGUUCUGAUGGGUGGCAACAUGUUGUGCCCGAAAGCAGUGAGCCUGUACAAAGACUUCAGCAAAGGGUCCCCUGAAAAGAGUGACGCCAAGCCAUUUUUACAGCAAGUGAUAUAAAAAUCCCGGAGAGGCCGUGUGCGCUGCGAAGAAGCUGCUGCCACUUUUCCAGCAGAAGUUGCACAAGUUGGUUAAGGAGAAAGGAUACCAUCCGAAGCUAGUCUUCAUAGGUAGGAAGCCCCCCAACUUUGGCUAGAAUGGAGCAGCCCAAGGGGGUUGAUUGGACGGUUAUCAUCCUGACAUGCCAGUACAAGGACAGUGUCGAGGUCUUCCAGAAAGAGCUGGAAGUGCGGCAGAAACGAGAGCAGAUCCCCGCCGGGACUCUGUUACUGGCUGUGGAGGACCCUGAGACGCGUGUGGGCAGCGGAGGAGCCACCCUCAAUGCCCUGCUGGUGGCUGCUGAACACCUGAGUGCCCGGGCAGGCUUCACUGUGGUCACCUCUGAUGUCCUACAGUCGGCCUGGAUCCUCAUCCUGCACAUGGGCCGAGACUUCCCCUUCGAUGACUGUGGCCGGGCCUUCACCUGCCUCCCCGUGGAGAACCCCCAGGCCCCCGUGGAGGCUCUGGUCUACAACCUGGAUCGCUUGCUGGACAUCAUGACCUAUCAGCUGGGCCCAGGCUCCCCACCAGGCGUGUGGGUCUGCAGCACCGACAUGCUGCUGUCUGUUCCUCCCAACCCAGGGAUCAGCUGGGGCGGCUUCCGGGGAGCCAGAGUGAUCGCCUUUCCAGGAACCACAGCCUACGCCCGGAACCAUGGUGUCUACCUCGCCGACUCCCAGGGCUGCGUUUUAGACAUUUACUACCAGGGCAGCGAGGCGGACAUACAGCGGUGCGCCAGGCCUGACGGGCGGGUGCCACUGGUCUCCGGAGUCGCCUUUUUCUCCGUGGAGACUGCUGAGCACCUCCUGGCCACUCACGUGAGCCCCCCGCUGGAUGCCUGCACCUACAUGGGUUUGGACUCCGGAGCCCGGCCUGUCCAGCUGUCUCUGUUUUUCGACCUCCUGCUGUGCAUGGCCCGGAAUGUGAGCAGAGAGGACUUCCUGGCGGGGCGGCCUCCGGAAACGGGGCAAAGCGACGCAGACGUCGAGGGUUAUCUCCAGGUGGCGCGGGCCAAGCUGUGGAGGGAGCUUCGUGAUCAGCCCCUCACCAUGGCAUAUAUCCCCGACGGCAGCUACAGCUACAUGACCAACUCGGCCAGUGAGUUCCUGCUCAGCCUCACGUUUCCCAGGACUCCUGGGGCCCAGGUCGUGCACUCCCAGGUGGAGGAGCUGCAGCUGCUGGGGGCCGGGAGCUCUGUGGUCAACUGCCUGCUGGAGGGCGCCGUCCAGCUGGGUCCUGGGAGUGUCCUGCAGCACUGCCAUCUCCAGGGCCCCAUUCACAUCGGCACUGGUUGCUUUGUGAGUGGCCUGGACACGGCCCAGUCCGAGGCGCUACACGGCUUGGGGCUGCACGACCUUGUCCUGCAGGGGCACCACGUGCGGCUGCACGGAGCCCCUGUUCGUGCCUUCACUCUCGUUGGACGUCUGGACAGCUGGGAAAGACAGGGGACAGGAACGUAUCUUAACAUGUCCUGGAAUGAGUUCUUCCAGAAGACAGGCAUUCGAAACUGGGACCUGUGGAACCCUGACACGCCCCCCACAGAGCGUUGCCUUCUCAGCGCCCGCCUCUUUCCUGUGCUCCACCCCUCGAGGGCCCUGGGGCCCAGGGACAUGCUGUGGAUGCUGGACCCGCAGGAGGAUGGGGGUGAGGCCCUGUGGGCCUGGCGGGCCUCCUGGCGUCUGUCCUGGGAGCAGCUGCAGCCUUGUCUGGACCGGGCAGCCACACUGGCCUCCCGCCGGGACCUGUUCUUCCGCCAGGCCCUGCAUAAGGCGCGCAAGGUGCUCGAGGCCAGGCAGGACCUCAGCCUGCGCCCGCUGAUCCGGGCCGCUGUCCGCGAGGGCUGCCCUGGGCUCCUGCUGACCACGCUGGACCAGGUGGCAGCGAGUGCAGGAGACCCAGGCGUGGCGGCCCGGGUGCUGGCCUGUGAGGCAGACGUCCUGGGCUGCAUGGCAGAAGGCCAAGGUGGCUUACGGAGUGGGCCGGCUGCCAAUCCCGAGUGGGCUCGGCCCUUCUCGUACUUGGAGUGUGGAGACCUGGCUGGGGGUGUGAAGGCACUUGCCCAGGAGCGGGACAAGUGGCUGAGCAGGCCAGUCCUGUUAGUGCGAGCGGCUCGCCACUACGAAGGGGCUGGGCAGAUCCUGAUCCGCCAGGCUGUGAUGUCCGCCCAGCACUUUGUCUCCAUGGAGCCUGUGGGGCUGCCGACACCUGGGCAGUGGGUGGUGGCUGAGUGCCCAGCUCGCGUGGAUUUCUCUGGAGGCUGGAGCGACACGCCACCCCUUGCCUACGAGCUUGGUGGGGCAGUGCUGGGCCUGGCUGUGCGAGUGGAUGGCCGCCGGCCCAUUGGGGCCAGGGCUCGCCGCAUCUGGGAGCCUGAGCUGUGGCUGGCAGUGGGGCCUCGGCGGGAUGAGAUGGCCAUGAAGAUCGUGUGCCGGAGCCUGGAGGACAUGAGGGACUACUGCCAGCCCCAUGCUCCAGGGGCCCUGCUGAAGGCGGCCUUCAUCUGUGCGGGGAUCGUGCAAGUCAGGUCCAAGCUCUCGCUGAGUGAGCAGCUGCUGCGCACCUUUGGGGGCGGCUUCGAGCUGCACACCUGGUCUGAGCUGCCCCACGGCUCUGGCCUCGGCACCAGCAGCAUCCUGGCAGGCACUGCCCUGGCCGCCUUGCAGCGGGCUGCGGGCCGGAAGGUGAGCAGGGAGGCCCUGAUCCACGCAGUGCUGCACCUGGAGCAGGUGCUCACCACAGGAGGUGGCUGGCAGGACCAAGUGGGUGGUCUAAUGCCUGGCAUCAAGGUGGGGCGCUCCCGGGCUCAGCUGCCACUGAAGGUGGAGGUGGAAGAGAUCGCUGUACCUGAGGGCUUUGUCCAGACGCUCAAUGACCACCUCCUCCUGGUGUACACUGGCAAGACCCGCCUGGCGCGCAAUCUGUUGCAGGAUGUGCUGAGGAGCUGGUAUGCCCGGCUGCCUGCCGUUGUACAGAAUGCCCACAGCCUAGUGCGGCACACGGAGGAGUGCGCGAAAGCCUUCCACCAAGGAAGCCUGCCUCUGCUGGGCCAGUGCCUGACCUUGUACUGGGAGCAGAAGAAGCGCAUGGCUCCAGGCUGUGAGCCCCUGGCUGUGCGGCGAAUGAUGGAUGUCCUGGCCCCCCACGUGUAUGGCCAGAGCCUGGCAGGGGCAGGCGGUGGGGGCUUUCUCUAUCUGUUGACCAAGGAGCCAAAGCAAAAGGAGGCUCUGGAGGCCGUGCUGGCCAAGACUGAGGGCCUCGGGAACUACAGCGUCCACCUGGUAGAAGUGGACACUCAGGGCCUGAGCCUGCAGCUGUUGGGGAGUGAGAACUCAACCUGAUGCCCCUUCCCAUGAGGCUUGUCCCUCCGCAAGAGGAGAAAACCUGGAGCUACAGCAGCCCCUCCCUUCAGAGCACUCAGCCUCCGACUCCCACCUACCUCUAUGGAUCUGCUCACAAAGGAAGCCGACUUGAGUUUGGGCCCAGCCCCCUGGUGAAAGAGACACCACGCUUGGGAACAGGACUGUGACCUAUUGAUUCACUGUGGCUUAGGCUUGGCCUCUGCUCCAUCUGGACAUAGGAAGGUCCUAAGGUCAGUGUCCCUUGUGGCCUUUCUCUGUGACCUUCUUAUUCUCCAUGGAGGCCCUGGCAGGGGAUGACAACCAGCCCUAGCAGAGGCUGGGUCCCUUGGUAAGGCUGACCCUGAAGAGGCCCUUUGAGGAUUUCCUGUGGCCUUCCUUAGAGGCCGGGCUUUUGCCUGAAUAGACUUCAUGUUCAGUACUCACUCCCAGGCUGACCUGAUGGGGGAGUGGGAGUAGGAGUGGCUGUCCAGCCCCAUGUCUGUGGAAGUGAGCCAGUGUGGUCUACAGCCAGUCACUGCCAACUCAGGCCUUAACCUGUACCAUGGACUGUGCCGUGUGGCCCUAGGUUUUCAGGACUGUGACCUUCUUGGAAUAAAUCGAAUCUGCCCUUUGA